GUUACUUCGCUUUUGAACUUCUGUACUUAUAAAUAAAUGUAUAGCGGAUGCUGACCUUAAAUUAUUCAUUUAAUUGAAAUUUCCGAACGAGGUGCUCGCGUUGUGAAAUUUUAUCGCAAAAAAUGUUAUUAAUUGUGUGUUUAACUGUUUUAUUGUUUUCAUGUCGUGAUGUAUAUUGUUAUAGACUUAAUGAAACUGAACACGCGCGGAUGCCACCCCUCUUCCAUUUGGACAACUAUGGCCGAUGUUUGAGCCAAGAUGAUGGUCUAUAUUGCCUCGUGAGCAUCUCUCUCACGGCAAAUCCCAAAAAUGAACUAAUGCAAAUGAUUGAGAUAUACUCAGCAGACGAAAUAGUACAUUAUAACUAUACCUAUUUAGACCAUGGAAUAUGUGUAACUCGUAGAUGUAAAUCGUACAUUUCAAAAAUAGAUAAAGGAAAUACAGAGGACCUACAAUCGGCCCUUGAGGGAUGCAUCAACGAAUAUUAUGGAAAAAGAUACGGUUUAAAUACCAGUGUAUCAAUUUAUUACUGUAAACAACCAAAUGAAGGCUUCAAAAUAGAUAUAGGAGAUUAUGUGUUUGGUGGAUGUCUGUUUAUAUUGGUGAUGAUAAAUCUUACAGCAACGAUAUAUGAUUGGCGACUGAAUCGAACGCUUGGCAAGGACGGGAAAAAUAGCAACGGGAACAAGUUGCUGAUAUGUUUCUCUGUUGUGCGAAACUGGAAGCAAUUAAUUUUGCCUGAGACGGGCGAUGAGAGAUUUGAAAUAUUCAAGGGGAUAAAUGGAUUGAGAUCGAUUCUGACCUUCAUGAUGAUAUUUGCUCACACGAUGUGGCUCAUGGCUUGCGGUUUCGUUGACAAUCCACUUGAUUUUGAAAAGACAUACGACAACAUUCUGUACCACUUCAUCUACAACGGCAUGAUGUUAGUACAGACCUACUUCCUCAUGUCGGGGUGUUUGCUCGUCUACUCACUGAAGGUGAGCCCUCACACCAAGAGCCUCACGUGGUCGCAACUACCGCUUAUACUCUUUUAUAGAUGGUGCAGGUUAACCGGCAGCCUCGCAGUGAUCCUAGGUUUCAUAACCACGUGGUAUCGCCACGUGGGUUCGGGUCCACUGUGGGACUACCACGUGACACCAAUCAUUAACAUGUGUAGAACAUAUUGGUGGUCACACUUGCUGUUCAUUAAUAAUUACGUGGAAGGGAACAAGGCGUGUGCUAUACAGACUUGGCAUCUAGCAGCAGAACUGCAAAUGUUCGCCAUUGGUCUGGUCCUAUUUAUGCUCACACGAACCCGCGGCAGGAAGUUGGCCAUUUUGUUGAUGUUCCUUGUUGGUUGUGUGGCACCGGCUAUACAUGUGUGGGUGCAGGACUUUGAUGGAGUCCUUGUUAUGAAGCCAGAACUGUACCGCAAGUUCCAAAGCGAGAUGUUCAGUAAGAUGCACAUAAAGUUCCACAACAACAUGGCGUGUUAUGCGAUCGGCAUGUUUCUGGGACUUUUCAUAUAUAAUGCGCAGAAGAAUAAGACUUUUGAGUUGAAGAAGAAGAGGAAACUAGCCUACAUCACAUGGCUAAUAAUUCCUCUUAUAUUCGUCGUAUACUUUUCUGGAACGAUUUUCUAUACGAAUGGCGGAAAAGCGUCCAUGUCCCUGCGGAUCAUGUACGCGGCAUCCCACAGGGCUCUGCUUGGGGCCUUGCUGUCGUACCUUAUACUGAGCUUGGUGUUUAAGUUUGAAGGCACAAUCCGCCCAAUCCUUGAGUGGAGUGGUUGGCGGAUUCCCAGCAAACUGGCAUAUGCCGUGUUUCUGAUACACGUGAGUGUGUUACAUCACUUGCAGGGGACGAAGCAUCAGCUUGGACACGCGGAUUUCUUUUAUGUGAUAAUAGUUCACCUGGGCGUGGUCUGGGGAUCUUACAUACUAGCGCUACCGAUGCAUAUCCUCGUUGAAGUGCCCAUUACUAGCUGUUUCAAAUUAUUGUUGUAUAAAGAUGAAACUAACACAGAGAAGAAAAUUAAAUAAUUAUUUAAGAAAUAUUUUAAUUUUUGUGUAAGAAAAGAUCAUGCUAAGAAGAAAAAAUGGUAAUUUAUGAUAUUUUUGAAGU